AUGGAGGAUAAAAAGCUGUUCGAGAGCAAACACAACCUCUCGCUAAAAUGUGUCCUGUUCCUGUUCUACGGAGGUCUGGGAUGCAUCUAUCCCUUCCUCCAGUCGAACAUGUCCCAGAAAGGGUUCGCGUACAGUGAGAUCUACUGGAUAUCGGUGAUCAUUCCGCUGGUAGCGCUGCUGGGUCCGAUCGUGUUCGCGUUGGUCGUGGACAAGUGGGCCACCAAAAAUGCGUUUGCUUACGGAAAACGGUUGCGUAUCUUGACCGCCUUAACGCUGGUCGCGUCGAUUGUGCUGUACGUGCUGCUGAUGUUCGCCGUCAGCCGAACACCUCCGCCGGAAGCGUGCGAGCCGCAGGUCAGCUUUCUGUGCAACCGGAAGGGUGCCUCGAUCGUGCAGGAGAAGUGCUCCGACAGUGGCGUCUGUCAUGAUCGGACGGGUCGGAAGGGUGGGCUGUUAAAUUUGGAGAACUGUACGUACACAUGCCAGCAGGAGAAGCAGUUUGAAAGCAAUUGCUACGCCCGGUUGUCGGUUGUCAAGUCGGCACAGUUGGCGUGGGAGCAAGCAGCCGAGCAGGCUGACGAUGGGCUGGUGCUGGACCUCGGCAGUGGACAGGGUACGAUGGAGCGAGAUUCCGACGGCGAUGGCAUUCCAGACAAUCGGGAUACGGACGACGAUAACGAUGGAAUUCCGGACACGCAAGAUCCGGACUCGAGCAAUGAUCUGGACGGCGACGGUAUCCCGAACGAGCUCGAUCCGGACGACGAUAACGAUGGCAUUCCGGAUGAAAAGGAUGACGACGAUGAUAACGAUGGCAUCCCGGAUGACCAGGACGUGGACGAUGACAACGAUGGCAUCCCCGACACGUUGGAGGGUCGGGCCAAAUCCAACGAUCUCGAUGGUGACGGAAUUCCCAACGAUCUGGAUGAUGAUGACGACGGCGACGGCGUCCCGGAUGCGCAGGAUGAUGAUGACGAUAAUGACGGCAUCCCCGACGAUAAGGACCUGGACGAUGACAACGAUGGUAUCCCGGAUGCGCUGGAAGGGAAAGCCCGUACGAACGAUCUGGACGGCGACGGCAUCCCGGAUGAUAAGGAUACGGAUGACGAUAACGAUGGCAUCCCGGAUGCAGAGGACGAUGACGACGACAACGAUGGCAUCAAGGACGCGGACGAUGUCGAUGACGACAAUGACGGUAUUCCCGAUGAGCUAGAGGCCAAGGCCCGAACGAACGAUCUCGAUGGCGACGGAAUCCCCAACGAUCAGGACCCCGAUGACGACAACGAUGGCAUUCCGGACGAGAAGGAUGACGACGAUGAUAAUGACGGCAUCCCGGACGACAAGGAUGUGGACGAUGACAACGAUGGUAUCCCGGAUGCGUUGGAGGGCAAGGCUAAAUUGAACGAUCUCGAUGGUGAUGGAAUUCCCAACGAUCAGGACCCCGAUGACGAUAAUGAUGGCAUUCCGGACGCGGAGGACACUGACGAUGAUAACGACGGCAUUCCGGAUGCAGAGGAUGCGGACGACGAUAACGACGGUGUGCCGGACGUCAAGGAUCGGGCCAAUGCCACGGAUUUAGACGGAGACGGUGUCCCAGACGCGGAAGAUGACGAUGACGACAAUGACGGAAUUCCCGAUGCGGAGGACACGGACGAUGACAACGAUGGCAUACCGGACGAAAAGGACCUCGACGACGACAACGAUGGUAUUCCGGACGCACUGGAAGGUCGCCCGGUGACACACGAUCUCGACGGCGAUGGCAUUCCGGAUGACGAGGAUCCGGACGAUGACAACGACGGUAUUCCCGAUACGGAGGACGACGACGACGACAAUGACGGUAUCCCGGACGCCGAGGACGUCGACGACGACAACGAUGGAAUUCUGGAUAUACACGACCCUGGCCAGCGGAACAAGAACGACCUCGAUGGGGACGGCAUCUCGAACGACGAAGAUCCGGACGACGACAAUGAUGGCAUUCCGGAUGAGCAGGACAGCGACGACGAUAACGAUGGCAUCCCGGAUGCGGAGGACGACGACGACGACAACGAUGGCGUGCCGGACGCCCAGGAGACAGUGGUUGUGGCGAAUGCCAUCGUGUGCGUCGAUACGGACGUCGAAGACGAUGAGUGCCAUACGUACAGCGAUGGAAUCCUGCCCGUCAAGGCUACCUUCGAUGCCUCUGGUGAAAAGGAUGCUGGCGAUGAAUGCAACUAUCCGUUAGAUGGCUUCCGGUGUCCUGUGGAUAAGGCUUGGGUUAAAGCACAGCCAGUUGGAUGCAAGCCGGUGGUGCGUUGUGACAUUGCCAAUCCGUACGAUGACGAGGGCAGUCCGCUGCACGGUACGACGUGUGAUGGGGAUGAAGACAACGAUGGUGACGACGACGAGGGUGACUCGACGUUCUACUACUACCUCUCGGUGCGAUCCCUGCUGGAUUUCUGCCUGCUCGGGGGCUUAACGUUGCUGAACACGAUCAUCGUGAUUGCGACACGCGACCCAGCGUCCGGUGUGGCCGACUUUGGCCGCCAGCUGGUGUGGGGUGCUGUCGGUUGGAUCAUCUUCUUCAACGACGAUGCGGAACAGCCGUACAUGCUGUUCGUGUUGCUGUACACCACGGCCGCCGUGAUCCUGCUCAGUCCACUCAAGAUGGACCUGUCGCCGGCCGAGGACUGGUGGCAGCUGCGCACGGCGCCGCAGAAGUUUAUGUCCGCGCAUGCCUGCCAAAAGUACUUCCGGCGUUGUUUGUUGCCGUUCCUGGUUGCGAUUGGCUUGGGUUCAAUGUGGAGCGUGAUCGAUUCGAUCGACGAAUCGCACAUGACCAACCUGCCCAAAACGGACGAGACCGACCAGGACGAUGGCCAGCGAUCUAGUCUCUUCCAGACCAUCGUACGCACGAUGCUUCUCGCUGGCGACUUGCUGGCCAUUCCGGUGCUCGUCUUUUCACGACGCAUUAUCGAAACAGUCGGUACGUGUAAGAUCCUGGUUGGAGUCUUCCUCUCGCUUGUCGUCCGCUUCAUUCUGUUGGCCUUUCUGCCCUAUGCGUACUGGGAUGUCGUCGAGGAUUGGCUGCUGCCGACCACGCUCGGACUCACCUGGGUGACGCUGGUGCUCCACUUCCGUGAUAUACUGCCCCGCAAGGUUGCAGCGUUCGCACAGGCCCUACCAGUGAUCGCACACUUUGGGCUCGGCCGAUUCUUCGGCGCUCUGAUCGGGAUCGAGCAUCAGUACGAACGGCUGGAGAAAGACUACGACAUCCUUGCUGGCGUACUGUUCGCCGUCACUAUCCUUAGCGUCGUGCUGUACCGAUAUCGCGAGAUCGUGCUCAACUUUCUCGGCCAGUAUAUACCGGCGCUGAAGCCGGGCGACGCCAACUGCGCCUCGAGUAAAGCUAAGGGAGAGACGAAUGUGUAAAGGCCGAAAGCUUUUGCACGAUGUUGUUGCACUGAGGAAGAUCAUGUGUUGGUUGGUUUACCCCCGACGAAAAACAUUUAAGGGUUUUGCUUUAGUUACCAAAUUGUUAUCAUAAUAAAUAGUUUGUUUAACA